AUGCAUUCAAAAACAGGAACGCUUUUUGGGCUUUGGUACCUGUUUAAUAUCUACUUCAAUAUCUACAACAAGCAGGUGCUCAAAGUAUACCCAUAUCCUGUAACCGUCACUUUAGCUCAAUUUGCUGUUGGGACCGUGCUUGUUAUUCUCAUGUGGACGACCAAUCUUUAUAGAAGGCCAAAAAUUAGCGGCACACAGCUUGCAGCUAUUCUGCCACUGGCAGUGGUGCACACCUUAGGCAACCUUUUCACCAACAUGAGUCUUGGAAAAGUUGCUGUUUCAUUCACUCACACAAUAAAAGCCAUGGAGCCCUUCUUCUCGGUUGUACUCUCAGCAAUGUUCCUGGGAGAGUUCCCUACAAUAUGGGUUGUUUCUUCCCUUUUACCGAUUGUUGGCGGAGUGGCAUUGGCAUCAAUGACUGAGGCCUCUUUUAAUUGGGCUGGUUUUUGGAGUGCAAUGGCCUCAAAUUUGACCAAUCAAUCUCGAAAUGUCCUUAGCAAAAAGUUCAUGGUCAAGAAAGAGGAAUCUUUGGACAACAUUACUCUCUUCUCGAUAAUCACAAUUAUGUCAUUUUUCUUGCUGGCCCCUGCAGCUAUAUUCUUGGAAGGAAUUAAGUUUACCCCUGUUUUCAUUGAAACUGCCGGGUUGAAUGUUAAGCAGAUUUACACUAGAUCCCUCAUUUCUGCUCUCUGCUUCCAUGCAUAUCAGCAAGUUUCAUACAUGAUAUUGCAGAGGGUAUCUCCUGUCACACAUUCUGUGGGUAACUGUGUGAAGCGGGUGGUGGUCAUCAUUACCUCUGUUCUUUUCUUCCGCACUCCAGUUUCACCCGUUAACUCUUUUGGAACUGGAAUUGCUCUUGCUGGAGUGUUUCUGUAUUCGAGAGUGAAGCGUAUUAAGCCAAAGCCGAAGACAGCUUGA